AUGACAGACCACUCAUCACAUACACAUUCAGAAGGUUCUAAGGAAAAUUUCCAAGAGGAGCCUCAAGUUUCUCAAGUUCGUCAUGCUGGUGAAGCUAACGAGUUUGUGAUAAUCGGUAACCAAAAGUUCCAUAAGCAUGAAUUGAUGCAGGCCUUCGGUGGUACAUUGAAUCCAGGUUUGGCACCACCUCCGGUAAAUCAGUUUGCUAAUCCUUCUCCAUUGGGUCUUUCUGCCUUUGCCUUGACCACCUUUGUGUUAUCGAUGUAUAAUGCACAAGCAAUGGGUGUGACCACUCCAAACGUGGUCGUCUCGCUUGCAGCAUUCUAUGGUGGUGCUGUGCAAUUCUUAGCUGGUGUGUGGGAAAUGGCAGUUGGUAAUACUUUCGCAGCCACCGCUUUAUCGUCGUAUGGUGCCUUCUGGCUCCUGUACGCAGCAAUCUUUGUUCCUAGUUUUGGAAUCGUUGCCGCUUACGAAGACACUGAACAAUUGGCUCUGGCAGUGGCGUUCUAUCUCUUGGCCUGGGCAUUAUUCACCUUUAUGUUGUUCUUGUGUACGUUAAAGGCGACAGUUGCUUUUGCACUGUUGUUUGGAUUCUUGACUAUGACUUUUGUUUUGUUGUCAGCAGGUGAAUUUACCGGUAAAGUAGCCGUUAGUCGUGCAGGUGGUGUAUUUGGGGUGAUCACAGCAUUUUUGGGUUUCUACAACGCAUUUGCUGGUGUGGCCAAUCCUACAAAUUCUUACUUCAUUGCACACCCAAUUCCAUUGACCAAGCAAUAA